CUGUAAAUGUAUCUGUCUCUGUAUUCUUUUUUUGGGUUUUCUCUGUUUUUUCCCACCUUUUCUAUUGGCUUUACUACAAACAUAUAGCAAUCUGCUCAAAUUCGAAUACUGGCUGGAGCUGCCGUUGAGAGAAGCAAAUCUGUGUAAACAAUUCUGUUCUUUCUGUGUUAGACCUUGUUUUAUCUUUUUACUUAUGAAUUUUUAAAGGAAAACGUGUAAUUAACUAAAAGACUUUGAGCUACGUCUACUAUUUAUUAGAAUAGUUGUGUCGCGUAAAAAAAUGAGUGAUCUGAAUCGAGAUGAGCAGCUUGCAUUCUUAGAAUGUAUGGGAAAGUUACAAAAAGAACUGGAUUCGAGUUUUCAGCGAUAUGAAAGAUUAUCGCGAACGACCAAAGAUCUCCAGGAGCAAUUGAACCAAGCGAAGUCAAAAUCUCAGCAAUCUAUUCGCGGUUCAUCCUCUGGGGCAUCCUAUUCUGAUGAAACCUUGCUCCCUAGUAUGGAGCUUAUAGAACUACGAGCAGAAAACGCAACCCUUAAGCAAGACGCACGGAAUUUUGAACAGAUAUCUAAUAACUACGCAAAAGGAAUGGAAGAAAUGGUUGGGUUUGUCUCAUCCUAUACGGAGAAAAUGAAUAUGAAAUUAAAGACAGUGCAUGAUGAAUAUUUGAAAAUGUAUGAUACAUUGGCCGCAGAACGUUUGUCCUUCUCAAAGAAGAACCAGAGAGAUGUACAGGCAUUGGAAAAAGUUAAAGGAUGGUUACUUCAGGCUUUAGAAGAAAACCCUUAAUUAUCGCAACGUUGAUUGAGAAGCAACGGUAAUAAGGCACGUAACGAUUAUUAGCCAAAAAAAGCUCAUUCCUUUAGUAUCUUUACCAAAGUCUCACUCUUUCGAUUGUCAUGAACAUUUAUCGCAUAACAUCAAUAAUUUUCAAAAUGCGUUCAUUACUAUUCAUAAAAGAUCAAUGUAUUUAACGCUGCUCGUGAACAUUAACGCAGUGCAAUCAUAAGUAAGAGAUAAAAUUAAAUCAACAAAAUUAAAUAAUUAAACGAGCAUAUGCGAGAAGCAAAGCACCCGAUCUAGAAACAGUUAGUAACUAC